CAAAAGGCUUAUGCCUGAUACUGCACUCAGUACAACUAUUAUUUGUACCAGGGAUACAUAACAUAGCCUUGUCGAUGAAUAAAACGGCACAAGAAAUGACCUUUUGGAUUUACUGGAAACUUCAACUGUCGCUGACAAAGGCAUGCAGGACAGGAGCUGAGUUUGACAUAUUAUUAGGGUUCAAAACAUAAGAAACUCAAAUAAUUAUUAUCCUGCCUGAUAAUCUUACACCGAGGAUGAUGUAAUAUCCAUGGCUCCAUUACUGUGACGAUACAAAGCAUCAAAGAACAAUGACAUAAAUGGGAAUUAAAAUACAGAAUAAUUGAAAUGAGUUCUCACAGUAACCAUUCACAGUGUGAUGAUUUUAUAGAACACAUUUUCAAUAAAUAUGCCAAAAUACAAUGCAAUGAAAUUGACAUACAAAAUCAGAAAGACUUCGUUAUAAACAUCAUUCAUAAUAUCGCAAAUGAAAUCAAGAGUAUCGACCAGAAUUUUACUGUAGACCGCGUCACAGGAACAGGAAGUUACUUCAGUGGAACUAAAGUUAUCGCACCAGACGAGUUUGAUUUCCUUACGAUUAUAAGAACUAAAUAUCUAGCCUUGGAGAAGGGCUGCAAAAAUGGGUUCAGCCAUGUUAAAGUGAUCAGUGAUGCAUUCAAGAGACAUUUGCUAAGUGACACUGUUAGAGGAAAAAUAAAAGAACGCUCAGUGAAGCAUUUUCCACAUGAAGUCCUAGAGGAUGACUACCUAAGCCCUUGCAUUAUACAAUACUUUUACCAUCUCGUCGACCAAGCUCUAGUCAAGCUGAAUGAGCGAAAUCUCGUUAAAUACAACAAAGAUGCAAAGAGAGUGAAAAGUGAGAAGGAAAUAGAAGGAGAAUUACUUGCCACUCAGAUGUGCAGUUGGACAUGGCCGUAUGGUCCCUAUAUCAAACUUUUAAUCCCAGGGCCUGUUUGCAUAGCAAGUGUCGAUUUUACAUUUGCUUUUGAAAUCUGGAACCCUGAUUCAGGUAAUUACCACCCCGUGUUAUUGAUUCCAAAAGCUCCAGCAGAUCUAUGUAAAUAUUUUACAGACAAAAUUGAUGAUAGGUCCAUCUAUGAUAAUUCAAUAUGCUGGACACAAACACUGAGUCACACAGAAACAAAAAUAAUCAAAAACUUCAAACCAGAACACAAGAAGAUACAAAUGGUUCUAAAGCUAUUGAAUGAGACUGAAUACCUGGGACAGAAGUACAGCGCAUUUGAUUCAUAUGCCAUCAAAACUUUGGUAUAUCACCAUGAUCAAAAGUGCACCAAUGUUGUAAAAUUAUCAGAUUGCUUCAGAGAGAUUGUUAACCAAAUUAAAGAUUUGUUAUAUGCUGAGAUGUUUGACAUACAAACAAAUGUGAGGAAUCGCCUCAUAUUUUCACUCAUCUAUGCGCGUAAAGUUGUUGAACAUUUUGAAUUUCUGAACUCAGAACUUGAGACAUUGAGGCCCUUCAAGCAUGAAAGAGAAAACAAAAAUAUUGAUGAUAUCAAAGAUGUUUUCUCCACUCUGAAAACACUAUAUCAAAAUAUAAUUCAUGAUGAUAAUCUUGGACACAAUGCUACCCCAAACAAUGCUGCACCAAACAAAGAGAAUCCAAAUGAUACAGCACCAAAGAAUGCUGCACCAAACAAAGAGGAUCCAAAUGAUACAGCACUAAAGAGUGCUGCACCAAACAAAGAGGAUCCAAAUGAUGCAGCACCAAAGAGUGUUGCACCAACCAAAGAGGAUCCAAAUGAUACAGCACUAAAGAGUGUUGCACCAACCAAAGAGGAUCCAAAUGAUACAGCGUGUGCUGCACCAAACAAAGAGGAUCCAAAUGAUACAGCACCAAAGAGUGCUGCACCAAACAAUGAUGAUCAAAAUGAUGCAGCAACAAAGAAUGCUGCACCAAACAAUGAUGAUCAAACCAGUGAUCCGGCAAACAAUCCUGUAUCACACAUGUCACAGAUGGAUGAUUACAUCAACAUUAAAACCUUUGUUGAAACAUUAAAUGAUAAAAGAAAAGUUGAAGAACUACAAAAUUCUUUUGCUGAAGUAUUCCAAUCUAUCCUUCAGAUCUAUGACAACAAAGCCAAUGCUGAUUCCACAGCUGGAAUGGAAUACAUCUUACAUCAAAUAUUUUUGGACUUUUACAAAACACGUCCAAAGUUUCUAGCAAGUAUGCAUGAUCCAGAAAAGAACAUUUUGGGUCAAUAUUUCCACAAUGUUGACUGGCUGAAACUGACUGAUGGUUGGAUGGAGAUUUGGGGAGUAACUCGUAAAAUUGCCAGAUCUCAUUUAGUGUCAUGUAGUUUUGUUGAACUUCUUGGGGCAAUAGAUGGCACUAAGGUAGAUGAGAUUAUAGUCAGGAGAGGAGAAAAUUCUGAAGACAGGGCCCAGCAAAGGACUGGAAUCAUGACAGGAGAGGAGAGUGAAAAUACUGUAAAGAAGGACUGGGAUAAACUGUUGAAAGAAAAAGCAACAACAUUUAACCACUUAGGUGAUCUUGAACCAAACUGGUUGUGGCAAUUUGUUGCUCGGGGCACAAAAGAGAAGCAAUAAUGAAGCAAUGGUUGGUGAGAAUCAAAUGGGUCAUGCCAAUGUUGUUCUGUGAAAGUAAUUUAGACAUCUCCAUGUAUAUUCUAAUAGAAAAGCAGAUAAAUGUCAGGCAGUAUGAUUUAUAUGUUAAAAGACACUGAAAAACAUGUUCACUAAAUUCAAUAAAAUAUGCAAACUUGUUAUAUUGUAUUGCAUAAUUAUUUUGUUUUUCCCUUGUGCUUUAUAGCGGGAAGACUUUCAUUCCUCCAUCUCAUGACAGACCCAACCACAAUUAUACAGGAAUUAAGUCCAGUCACGUUGUCAAUCAAUGUCACAUGAUGUCAAAGUUG